CCAAAAAUGGAAAAGAAGGCUCUAGACUUCCUUCGAUGUUCUCGAAUCAUCAAGAAUGGUGUAGAAAUAAAUCAGAAAGGAAAAAAUCUCUUAACAGACAUUGAUUUCUCCCCCCUAUAAAAUACCUGCAAGCCAAUCAACCUCGAAUUGCAAUCAUCAAUUCUCAUCAGCAAUUUAGAAUCCUCACCCGAAACCUCUUCUUUAAUUAAAAAUGUCGAUCGCUCCAAACUUCUUUGGCAACAGAAGAACCAAUGUCUUCGACCCAUUUUCAUUAGACGUAUGGGAUCCAUUCCAAGACUUCCCAUUCUCAUCCUCUGCACUCUCUAUGCCCCGUUCUGAAUUAUCCAAAGAAACAUCACAAUUAGCCAACACUAGGAUUGAUUGGAAAGAAACCCCAGAAGCACAUAUCUUCAGAGCUGAUCUGCCAGGCGUUAAGAAGGAGGAAGUGAAAGUUGAAGUUGAAGAAGGGAGAGUUUUACAGAUAAGUGGAGAGAGAAGCAGAGAAACUGAAGAGAAGAAUGAUAAAUGGCAUCGAGUUGAAUGUAGCAGUGGCAAGUUCCUGAGGAGAUUCAGGUUGCCUGAGAACACGAAAAUGGACGAAGUUAAAGCUGCUAUGGAGAAUGGAGUCCUCACUGUGACUGUUCCCAAAGUUGAAGAGAAGAAGCCUGAAGUGAAAUCUAUUCAGAUUUCUGGUUAAGAGUUUCAGUACUGACAGCAAAAUGUGAUCCACCCUCUGGUUCUGGUUCUGGUUCUGGUGUGGAGUGUUUUUAAUAUGUUAUUAGCGUCAGUGUUGCCUGGAUUGGUUGCGUCUUUGAUCUUGUGUUAUCAGUCUGUUAUUAGUGUUGUUCAAAAUAAGUUGGUGUUGUGCUGUUUUUGUUACCAUUGGGUGCCAAAUCGGUUGUUGGUGUCUUUGGUCUUGUAAUCUUUGUUCUUAACUGCAAUCAAAUUACUAAGUUUCUUUA